AUGGACUCGGCAAAGCAAUCCCCUCCCUCGCCCUCCCAAACCCACCACCCUUCCAUCCUUCGAACAACCACCACCCAGAACCCGUUCAUCCAGCCCCAGCCUCCAAAGAACUAUCCAUCCAUCUCCUCCCUCGCAAAUUCGCCCUACCCCCGCAGGGCUGACGACUCGCACUCGAAACCCCGGCUGAGACAGUUCAGCUCCCAGUCUUCACUCAACUUCGGCAGCUCUUCGUCCAACUCUUCUCCCCAGCCGCUCCAAUUCACCAUCGCCCCCCUCCCCGGACAGGCCUUCAACCACGAGCAGUAUGCACCCCCUCCCACAACGCCCCAGCUCCCCAUCAACCCACCUGGCUCGUCCGUCUCAGGCUCGGCCACCAAGAAACGCGGCUUUUUUGGUAUGCUGCGGAGGAAGGCGAGUCGUGGUGAUAUCAAUGCCUCCGACGAUCUCUCGUUCGCUACCAGGAGCUUCCCCGAAGAACUCAACUUUCCCUCCUCCAAAAUCAAAGAUCUCACCGGUCUCACCGACCAAGAAUGUUCAAAGGAGAAGACUCAUAAAACAGAACAACUGAAUAACCAGCAAAAUCAAAACAGCUCGACUAGCAAUCUUGCCCAAUCCAAUCGGACGGCGCCUGCCAAUCAGGGCGAAGUGAUCACACUUGAUACCAACUUGGAUGAGAUGGAUGGAAUCAUCAAUCGAGAUCACGCUGCCUUGCAGGUACGAAGGACUAGCAGCUUUAGCGGUGCUCCCAGCUUCCUCAACAGCCCAUCCCACCCAAGCAACCCUGACCUUCAAGCCUUAGGCGGCGGCACACUAUUUGCAGACCCUUUCAAUCCCGGAAGGACCCUGGGCUCGCCCAACUGUAUCGGCCGAAACGCAGGCUUCCACCACGAAUCAGGCCCGGGAUCAAUCAGCGGCCCCACUGAUCCGCCGGUGCACAACUACCCCAGUCUACCACUCUCCCAUCGAUCAAAUCGCAGCGUGGGUGGCGGCAGCGCCCGUGAUUUUAACCCGGCCGAUCCUCGUCGACGCGGGAGCCACAACAGCCAGCACAGUCUCAACAACCCCAAUCUUCCCCCAAACUUCCACGAUCCCGACGGCGGGCAAAACACACCUGCAGCCACUCGCUCCCUGUUCUCUGCCACCACUCGCGGCCAAAAUUCGCCCUCGAGGAAACCAUCCGGACACCAGUACAGCCAUUCCAACCAAAUCGGACCCAAUCCGAUACCUGGAGUGAUCACCGGUCUUGGCAUCGGCGCCGCCAUGGCCGUCCCGUCCGCAAAUAGCGCCCUUCCCAGCUUUAGCGGCGGAAGGUCAGACAGCAACACGCCUUUGUUGAACAACCUCGGCGCCGGCAGUGCUGCUGCGGGCUGGACGGCGCCCGAAAGCUGGGCCGUCAACCCGAUGGAUGGCAACAACUCGGGCGAUUCCGAUGCGGAUGAGUCUGGGGAGGAAGACGGGCUGGUGGUCUCCGACUUCUAUCCCCCUCAUCCGGACAACCACGACGGCCCUUCCGAGCCUGGCGGUGGUCCGCCCAUCCCGGGGAGACAUGUCCCCCCUUUCCCCACCAAUGGAAGCUUCAGCGGCGUCAGUGGGACGACGGCCUAUUCGCUGGGCAGCGGAACGUCGAUCAGCGGAAGCCUUUACAGCACGACCACCAUCGGCAGCAGCGCCACCAACGCCGCACUCAUGAUCCCUCCCAUCAAUCGGCUCGGCUCGAUCGACGAAAGCGUCAAGUCCAGUGGCUUCGGAACCCCUAACCUCAACGGAACUAACCCUAACGCUAGCCGGCGCCCUUCUGAGGCUGGCGGGAUGAGCAUCAUGGACGGCUCGGAGGGCAGUGGCCACGGAGGCCGGCCGACCGCCGGCUCAACCGUUUCCGGGUCCAUCCUGAACGGCAAAUUGGGGACUCGAGCUGGACAGGCGGAUGGCUCCAAAUCAUGGACUAUUCGCAUCUCGCGCGCCGAUGGAUCGUUCGCUACUCUCUCGUGUCCACUGAUGUUCACUGCCGCCGAGAUUUGCCACCAACUUGGACGGAAAUUGUUCAACCAAAAGCCGCCUGCUGGUUACAAGUUGUACAUGAAAGAACGUGGUCUGGAACGCGUGAUCGCCCCCAACGAGAAACCGCUGGUGUUCCAGCGACGCAGACUCGAACAGGCUGGAUACACAAUGCUCGAUCGCUUAGAUGACGUCGGACGGCUGGAUUACUCGUACCUCAUGAAGUUUCUGUACAAGGAAGAAUCACUGACAGCAGUAGCCACCGAUGAGGACUUCCAUGAACAUUACGAGUUCGUCGAUCUACAGGCUCGGAGUAUUCAGGCCAUUCCGAUCGUCCUUUUCAACCAUGCACCUCUAUUGAUCAGCUUGAAUCUGUCCAAGAAUCCUAAAUUAGAUAUCCCGUUGGACUUCAUUCAACUCUGUACAUCCCUGCGCGAAUUGAAGCUUUGUCACAUGGCUAUGAAACGGGUCCAGCCUUCGAUUAGGCAAUGCCACAGCUUGAUGAGAUUAGAUAUCUCUAACAACCGGAUCGUCGAUCUCGAACAUGCUCGACUAGACGAUCUGACCGAACUCAUGGCCUUGAAGGCACACAACAAUCGACUAUGGACCCUGCCAGAUUAUUUUCGAGAUUUCCGUUCAUUGAGUCUGCUGAACAUAUCCAACAACAAGUUCGAAUCUCUACCGGGCGUGAUCUGCCAAAUCAAGUCCCUCGUCGAUCUCGAUAUUUCCUUCAACAUGAUCAACUCGUUACCCAAUGAAAUCGGCCAACUCCAAAACCUCGAACGAUUUGUUUUCUUGGCAAAUCCGAUCUCGACUAUUCCUAGCACAUUCAGCGGUCUGAGCCAGCUUCGGGAACUAGACUGUCGGCGAUGCUUGUUGGGCGAUAUUGCCAUCUUCAGCGAUUUGCCCCACCUGAAGAAACUGUUGUGCGAAAACAACGCUGCGACAAUCCUGGAUGGACGGUUCAACUCACUGCGAGAAUUGAACGCGGGGCACAAUUCGAUCACCCGAUUAUUACUCGUCGGCACCGGCCAGACAUUGGUCUCCCUGAACGUCUCCUACGCCAAAAUUUCGUCGCUCGGACAAGAAUUCUUUGACGCACUCGUCAGCUGUGAAAGCUUGAAUUUAGACAGCAAUCAGAUCAAAUCGUUCUCGGACUCGUUCAGUCAAUUGACCAACCUGCGCAACUUCUCGAUGAAGAACAACCAGCUGACUUCCCUUCCAGACUCGAUCGGCCAGCUUCAACGGCUGCAUACGUUGGAUCUCGCGAACAACAAUCUGGGAUCCCUGCCUCGAACAAUAUGGAAUUGUUCGCAGCUGAUCGUGCUGAACGUCAGCUCGAAUCUCAUCCAAGAGUUCCCUAUGCCUCUCGCGGCCUCCGAUCCUUCGAACCCGAAUGCUGAAGACAACAACAAGCCGACACUCAAAGCGAUGCCUUCCUUGCCCACCGCGAAAUCUCCGAACGGCAACUCAACCUCCAACAAUCGCUGCUUGCCCCCCCUAGCCAAAAGUCUCCAAGAACUAUUUAUGGGCGAUAAUGGGCUGGGAGAUAACGUGUUCGGCCCGAUCUCGCUCUUGAGCGAGCUAAGGGUGCUCAACUUGAGCUUCAACGAAUUAUACGAAAUCCCAUCCUCAACACUCUCGAAAUGUGAAUCAUUGGAAGAGUUGUAUCUGUCUGGGAAUUCGUUGACCUCGUUGCCCGCUGAAGAUUUCGAAAACCUCUCCAACUUGAAAACUUUCUUCUUGAAUGGUAAUAAGCUGCAGACUCUGCCCGCCGAAUUGGGCAAACUUAAGCACCUUGAAUCCUUGGAUGUCUCGUCUAAUCUCUUGAAGUAUAAUGUGACUAAUUGGCCCUAUGAUUGGAACUGGAAUUGGAACUUGGAUCUCCAGUACCUAAAUCUUUCUGGGAACAAGCGACUGGAGAUCAAACCGGCAGCAGGAGCACAGCAGGAUGCGGUCGCAGCUGCCAAGCGGAAAAACUUGUCCAACUUCAACGCUUUGCGUCGACUACGAGUCCUGGGCUUGAUGGACGUGACUCUAACCACGCCCUCAGUACCGGAUGAGAGCGAGGACAGACGGGUUCGAGUGACUCAAUCUGAGGUCAGCUCGAUGGGAUACGGUAUUGCGGAUUCGAUGGGCAGAGAGGAUUAUAAUGUGGUCGGCUUAGACAUGGUGGUCUCGCGAUUUCGUAACAGGGAUGACGAAUCCUUAUUUGGCCUGUUUGACGCCCAUUCCAAGACGCCGUUUGGAGGCGGCAAGCUGGCGAAAUUCUUGCAUGACAGUUUCUCGACUUCUCUGGCAGGGGAACUGAGGAGAUUGAAAGAGAAUGAAUCGGUCACUGAAGCCCUUCGAAGAGCUUUCCUGAAUGUCAAUCGGGAUUACGGGAACAUGGUCACCAGUCAAUUCGAUACUCGCCGGAAAGGAUCCAAUGUCGGUCUCCAACGAUCCGAACGUCCGAGCAUAACUGCAAACUGUGGAGUCGAUGCCAAGUGCGGAGCAUCUGCUGUGGUGAUGUACGUGGCCAAGAAGACGAUUUAUGUGGCCAACGUGGGCGACGCUCUAGCCGUGGUCGCCAAACGAGGUGGAGUGGCCUUGCCACUCGCACACAAACAUGACCCGUUCGAUGCGACAGAGAUUGAAAGGAUCCGGUCGGCUGAAGCUUGGGUGUCGCAGAAAGGUCUCGUGGAAGAUGAAGUAGAAGUCUCAAGAUCUUUCGGAUACUUCCACGUCCAUCCGGCGAUCAAUGCUCGACCGUCAAUCCAAACCCUUGAUGUGUCCGAAGACGACGAGUUUAUAAUCAUCGCUAACGCGGGUUUAUGGUCACACAUGACUUAUCAGGCAGCGGUCGAUGUAGCGCGAGCCCAGAAUCGAAAGGCAGACCCGAUGCGAGCUGCUCAGAAGCUCAGAGAUCUUGCCCUCUCUUAUGGAGCUGAAUCGAACCUGAUGGUGAUGGUGAUUGCGCUUGGCGAUUUGUUCAAGGCUAAGCGAAGGUAUACCUAUCGAGGCGCGGGAGGAGCGCAGAUGGACGACGAGUUGUACGGUGCAACGCGGGUCGCGACAAGGAGAGGACAGCUAUUAGAUGCACCUGGCGAAAAAUAUCUGACGUUGCUAGAUCGGGAAGUGGCCCCGCCCACAGGCAUGGUUGCCCUGGUCUUCACAGAUAUCCGGAAUUCGACCUCGUUGUGGGAAACGAAUCCGGGGAUGCAGUCGGCGAUGCGGAUGCACAACCAACUACUGAGACGACAGCUGCGGGCGAUUGGAGGGUACGAGGUGAAGACGGAGGGGGAUGCAUUCAUGGUCUCCUUCCCCUCGGUGACGAGUGCGUUGUUGUGGUGCUUCACCGUCCAGAUCGAGCUCCUCAGAGAGGACUGGCCCCAGGAAAUCCUCGACGCCGAGGACGGAAAGGAGAUCUAUGACUCCAAUGGCAUGCUCUGUUAUCGUGGGCUGUCCGUGCGGAUGGGCAUCCAUUGGGGUAACCCGCACUGUGAAGCAGAUCCUAUUACUCGUCGGAUGGACUACUUUGGCCCGAUGGUGAACAGAACAGCAAGGAUUAGUGGCGAAGCCAAAGGUGGAGAAAUUACGGCCUCUCUAGACGUGAUCGAGAUUGUGAAGACGCUGUGUUUUGAUCAGAACGACGGGAAAGAAGGCAGCGAUCCACUAGCGCACGAAACGGAUGCGAUCGUGGACCCAGCGACACGCCGAGAUGUGGCAUCGAUCCGCAAGAUGGGCUUCGGGGUCUCUGAGAUCGGCGAGAAGCGGCUGAAAGGCCUGGAGAUGCCCGAGUUCAUCUCGCUGAUCUAUCCGCGCUCGUUGGCCGGAAGACUUAACAACCAAGGCGCCUCGCUCGGCGGGCCCGACUCCAAGGUCGAUGAAGUCUAUGAACCGGCCCCGAGGAUGCUGGACGUCAAUCACAUCAGACAGUUGGCUGCAUUGGUCGUCAGACUCGAGGCUGUGUCUGCAGCAACGGUCCAUGCGCCCUUAAGUUUCAGCCCCAGCUCGCCGAACCCGACGAACAAACUGACAGCCGGUCCCGGGGGAGGAGAGGGCGGAGGAGCAGGCGGGAGCGGAGGGAGCGCGCCGAAGCGGCCGAAAUCGAAGCUCCUGAACGGCCAUCUGCUGACCUACCCGAUCCGGCUGGAGUCCACCGACGAAGAGCUCGCCGCGAUCCUCGAGAACCAGGUGAUCCGGAUCGAAAACGUCAUCUCGAGCCUCGAGUUACGCUCCCUCGGCCCCAUCUAUGACGUUCUGUUGGCCCUCGGCGACGCCGUUAAGAUCCAGCCUAACGUGCUCCUACAUGCGCUGGAAUCGUUCGGACUCGCGUCCAAUGCCGCCGGCUUGUUCUGA